CUGUUCCUCUUCCUGCGCGCGGGGACCUCUUGGGACUUGUAGUCCGUGCCUCAGCGCCGUCCUCUGCGCCCCGCGUCCCGGCUCUGCCCUUGGUUCCGCCACCAUGCUGCCCGCCGGCCGCUGCCUCACCCACUCCCUCCGCCGAGCGCUGACACUGGGCUCUCUCCGGGGCUCGGCCCGGCAUUAUGCUGAAGCGGCCCCGGCAGCAGGCGGCUCGGCGCAGAUGGCCUUCACCUUUGCUUCCCCCUCGGAGGUUUUCUACAAUGCAGCCAACGUGAAACAAGUGGACGUCCCCACCCUGAGUGGAUCCUUUGGCAUCUUGGCUGCCCAUGUCCCCACCUUGCAGGUCUUAAAGCCUGGAGUUGUGACAGUCUUCACUGACGAUGGCUCUGCUACAAAAUACUUUGUGAGCAGCGGUUCCAUCACAGUGAAUGCAGAUUCUUCUGUCCAGCUGCUGGCUGAGGAAGUUGCGCAGUUGGAUCACCUUGACCUUGCGGCAGCCAAGUCAAACCUGGAAAAGGCCCUGUCAGAACUCGCCUCAGCUUCCGAUGAAACCGCAAAGGCCGAAGCACAGAUCAAAGUGGAGGCCAAUGAAGCCCUGGUGAAAGCUCUGGAGUGAGGAGGGAAAUCCUGCUGCUGCUGUGCGGAAUCAACAGUCUCGGCUCUGGAUGUCUCCUUCGCUUCCUUCCUCUUUUUCUGGUCUGUACAGAUGAUGUGGGUCAAAUCCUACAAUUUGUUGUUACCAAUUAAAAAGAGGCAAAAAGGCUAA